CAUCGAGAAGACGAGGCAACAUGGCUCCCGGAGGUGGACGGAAGAGGCUUCUCCACUUCUGAAACGGUGAACGGCGGACGGAGAGGAAAAAAAAGAAGUGACUAGAACCCGUCAUCGCUUUAAUCCUCUCAGCCUCUCCUAAAUCCGGUCGGCCUCACCCCCUCCUCUCCACCCAAAUCCAAUCUGUGGUCUCCUCCCCUCCCUCACUCCCUCGCUUGCUCACCCCUCCCCUCGGGAAUCCUUUUCCCGCCCCCUCGCCCCCAGCUUCGCGCCCAGACCGUCGCCUAGCUUGUUCGCGCAGCCGCCGUCUCGUCUGCCCGCCGACGAAGCAUGGGCGUACAGGGCUUCCAAGAGUUCCUGGAGAAGCGCUGUCCCGGGGCUGUGGUGCCCGUGGACCUCCUCAAACUUGCGCGCACGGUCUCGCGCCAGCAGCAACAGCACCAGCAUCGGCAGCUGCCACCUUCGGCAGCCCUAGCGCCCGGGGGUCCCCGCACCGCCAGGGGCUCCGCUCCUCAGCAGUCGCCGCUUCCUCCCGUUGCCUUGGGUGCCUACUCCGGGGGCGCGGGGCCGACUCGCCAACAUCACCCCGCUCACCACUUCAACCACCACGGCCAGGCACAUCCCGGGCUACACCCGCCGCCGCCGCCGCUGCCGCCGCCCGCUCCGCUUCCCGGGGCUCGGGUGCUGGUAGACGCGGGCUCGGCGCUGCCGCGGCUUUAUGGUGGCUACCAGACGGAUUGGGUGUGUGGCGGCCAAUGGAACGCCAUGCUGGGCUACUUGUCAGCGCUAUGCCAGGCUUGUGCCUAUCCCGGCGGCGACGGCCUGGAGCUGGUGGUCAUGUUCCCUGGGGGCCUGGGCAAGGACCGGCUGGCCGAGUGGGGCCGUCGGUGCCAGGCCGAGCGGCAGACAGCGCAACUGAUCGUGGGACACGUGGGCAACAAGGGCACCCCUCCUCCACGGGCCUGGUUCCUGCCACCGGCCUGCCUGAGCCACUGCGUGAGGCUAGCACUCAUCCGCUUCCGGGUCAAGGUCUUUCAGAGCCUCGAAGACCACCACUUGGAAGUGGUAGCUUUUUUCAGGGAAAAUGGCUUCCAUGGCCUUCUUGCCCAUGACUCCGAGUAUGCGCUCUACAAUAUUCCCUCUUACUACAGUUCCCAUGCUCUGAAGCUCAGCUGGAAUGGGAAGAACCUCACUACCAACCAGUUCCUGAUGCAGGAGGUGGCCAAGCAGCUGGGCCUGAAGCGGAUGAAUUUUCCCAUAUUUGCCGCACUGCUAGGUAACCACAUUCUCCCAGAUGAGGACCUGGCUGCUUUUCACUGGAGCCUCUUAGGACCAGAACAUCCCCUUGCAUCACUUAAGGUCCGAGCUCAUCAGCUGGUUCUUCCUCCCUGUGAUGUGGUGAUCAAGGCUGUAUCUGAGUAUGUUAGUUCCAUCAAAGACCCCUCUAACCUGGAUGUGGUUGGGAAGGAUGUUUUCAAACAGUCUCAGUCCAGGACAGAAGAUAAAAUAGAGCGAUUCAAGAAAGCUGUUGAAUACUAUUCAGUCACAAACAAACUCUCUUCGCUGCCAGUGGGUCCCUCCUCCUUUCUAGGUUUUCGUAAUAAUCGACUUGGAAAUCCUCCCCUUCCACGAAAUCAAAUGGGCACUAUCUCUGCUGGAAAGCAAAUGUUUUCUCACCACGUGCCCCAGAAAAUGAAAUAUCCACCAUCAUUCCCAAUGGGACCCAACUCCUCUCUUCUCUUCUCCUCUCAUGCUUUGGGAGAUUCCCAUGCUUUUUCUGAGGAUCCCAUGCUACAGGAUAGCCCCUUUGCCAAUUGGGCUGUCUCUUAUGACUCCUCUACAUCCCAGUUUCCCAAUUACCUGACUUCCAAAGCCUCAUCUCCUCUGGGACCAGACUCUUCCCACUCUUCUUCCUCUGAUGGUGAUGAGCCAAAUGGAGCCAGCUCUCAUCACAUUACAGAAACACUUCAGCAGCAGCCAGUAUGGGAGGACCCAAAUGGUGACAGAGGGUCCUGGGUACCGCCUAUUGAUGCUGGAGUUUCAGAUGCCAGCCUGGGUGAUGGCGAGCCCCACAUCCCAUCUCUGCUGUCUAUGUCUACAAGGAACCACAUGGACAUCACCAUUCCACCCUUACCUCCAGUUGCUCCAGAAGUCUUGCGGGUUGCUGAACACAGACACCGAAGGGGUCUUAUGUACCCAUAUAUCUACCACGUCCUCACUAAGGGUGAGAUUAAGAUCCCUGUAUGUAUUGAGGAUGAGUGUAACAUGGAGCUGCCUCCAGCUGCUCUCCUGUUCCGGUCAGCUCGUCAGUAUGUAUACGGGGUCCUUUUCAGUCUGGCAGAGACACAGCGGAAAAUGGAGCGCCUGGCCGGACGGCGACGGCUGCCUGUGGAAGUUCCUUCAGUGAUUCUUAAAGAGUGGUCUGCCUAUAAGGGGAAGUCUCCUCAAACCCCUGAGCUGGUGUCUGCACUGACAUUUCGGGAAUGGACUUGCCCAAACCUCAAGAAACUCUGGCUAGGCAAAGCAGUUGAGGACAAGAACAGAAGGAUGCGGGCCUUCCUGGCCUGUAUGAAGUCAGACACACCCAGUAUGCUCAAUCCAGCUAAUGUCCCCACCCACCUGCUGCUCAUGUGCUGUGUACUCCGGUACAUGGUUCAAUGGCCUGGUGGCCGAAUUCUGCAUCGCCAUGAGCUGGACACCUUCCUUGCACAAGCAGUAUCUACCCAGCUUUAUGAACCAGAUCAACUUCAAGAACUCAAGAUUGAGAAACUGGAUGCCCGAGGGAUCCAGCUUGCUGCCCUCUUCAUGAGCGGGGUUGAUACAGCUCUGUUUGCUAAUGAUGCCUGUGGCCAGCCAGUCCCUUGGGAGCACUGCUGCCCCUGGAUUUACUUCGAUGGCAAGCUGUUCCAGAGCAAGCUAAUUAAAGCAGGCCGAGAGCGAGUAUCCCUGAUUGAGCUCUGUGAUGGCCAGGCUGACCUGGCAACCAAAGUGGAAAGGAUGAGACAGAGUAUUCUCGAAGGAGUCAACAUGAACCAUCCACCGCCUUCUGCUCUACUUCCAUCACCUACUUUUGUGCCUCCCAUGGUGCCCUCUCUCUACCCUGUUUCACUUUAUUCCCGAGCCAUGGGCUCAAUGCCACCUCCCACUCAAGGAAGGAGCCGGGGCUUUGCAGGUCUCCAUCCAAUCCCACCCCAGGGAGGAAAACUGGAGAUUGCUGGGAUGGUUGUUGGCCAGUGGGCUGGCAGCAGAUCAUCUAGGGGUCGAGGCUCCUUUGGCAUGCAAGUGGUUUCUGUCGGUGGGCCAGGAAAGGGGCAUGGAAAAGAACAGACUGGUAGAGGAUCCAAAGGACAUAAAAGAGGAAAUAAACAAGGCACUUCAGAUGGAGUUUCUAAAUCCCUGGAGCUUCAUCAAAGUCGGUCCCGCUCACAGGUAAAUGGAAACAAUGUCACAUUGAUCAAAGAAGAAAAGAGUGAUCAUCAUUUUUCAGCUCCAUCACAGUGUGCCUUAUCCAGAGACAGCAGCAUGUGUAAUAAUGGUAACCGCUACUUCCCCAUGAAGAAUGUGGGGAAGAGUCGCUUUCGAGAGCAAAAACUGGGAACUAUGGCACAACAAAAAGAGGAAUAACAAGCUGCAGAUGGUUUUACAAGAUCAGGAAGAGGGGAAAACAUAUACUUUUCUGAUUUUAGGCCCAAGUUAGAGGAGGACAUAAAUGCUUACCCUAGAUUUAUCCAGGAUUUUGUUGGGAUGUCCUAUUGUAUCCAUCUUUUCCCCUUCCCUGUCUUUUUCUGGCCUCCAGACUUAUUGGUCUGCUUCUGGGGAAGCUCUGUUUAAAGAUGAAUGGUAAUAGGAGUAGCUCCUAUUGUCAAAUGAAUAUAGAGUGCCAGUAUUCUCUUUACGUUCCCUGGGAGCCUCGUAAGGUGGUGACUGUCAGAAAUUGGGUGUCAUCAUAUAAGCUUUGUUUUUCUGAGUCUUCAUCAUGAUACUCAUUUACAAAGCCUGGGGCGGGGGUUGGGGGGUGGUGACAUCUGCCUAUGGCUUCCUAACUUGCUCUUUGCUCUAUGGAGUAGUAGGGGCUUUGUAUAUAAUCAGUAUUCAUCUCCUUCCCACUCUCUCCACUUACCUACCCUAGGAUUUUGUUCCACUGCCUCUUGCUCUGGCCUGACAAUCAGAUAGGUAGAUGUUUUCAGGGAAGUGAGGUAGUAUUGGUUAUUUUAUUUUAUUUUAUUUUUUAUUUUAUUUUAUACACUUAAACUACCAAUGGCCUUUGUACUGGGGGAUUCAAGGGAGUCAGAAAAGUACUGGGCAGAUUUUUCCUGCCUCUGAACUAAUGUAUUGUUUGUAAAAUAGAAGAUGUGAUGCAGUUCCCCACUCCCUGCUGCCCACACCCUGAAAGGAUGGGAGUCAAUGUAAUGAAACUGAGUAUGAAAGGGAACUCAAAAUACUGGUGUAUGUGUGUGUGUGUUCACGCGCGUAUGUUUGUGUAUGGGUGUGUGGGUGGAUGUAUAUAUGAAUGAGUGUAUCUAUAUGCGUACACAUACCCUUUAUAUAAAGAGACAGAUCUAUUUAUCUAUACAUAUUUUAUAUAUAUAAAUAUGUGUAUAUGUGUGUAUAUAUCUAUGUAUCUACAUAUAUAGAUAUAUGCAUACAUACAUACAUACAUACCCAGUGAUGUCCCAGAGGAUUUACUGAAUUUCCCAGAAAUGCUUCUAUAGCAAUGGAGUGGUGGGUUUCAAAAGACCACACUUUAAAAUCCUUACUAAGUCAGAGCCCAUCGCAAUUAUGAGAAGAUGGGCUUCUCUAAAGCAGACAAAAAGUACUUUCCAGAGAUUGCCUGUUCAGAACAACAUACAGUUGGGUUGUCACCAGCUUAAUCUUGAACAGAGCCCUCACAUCCCAUAUGAUGAAACAGGAGGUUGGAAUGGGAUUGGGAAGAUUUGGGUAUUUCCUUAUGAAGGAGCAGCCUCGAUUGGAGAAAGGGGAUGGAAAGUGAUUACCAGGGCUUGCAUCCAAUUUGGAGGAAAUCUGAUCUGGAACUCCAUGAUCAAACUGGCCUCAGGCUAGAAUUGAUUGCCAUGAGUCCCUGAAGGACAGAAGACAAGCAUUGGAAAGACAGGUAGGGAAGUGUGAGGAAAUUGUCAAUCUGAUUUUACAUGCCUAGAUUGUUUCAUUUGUUCAUUGACAUUUUGACUACUGAAUCUUUUCAUUUGCUUUGCAAGGAAGACUUUAGAGGACUCUGGUCUGGGCCAUUAAGGGGUAUUCUGUGAAAGAUUCCCAGCCCCCAGUGAGGCCGGGAUCUACCCAGGACAAAGAGGCUAUUCCUCCUUGCCAGAGAUACUCUUGAGACAACCUUGCAUUUCCAGUUUCCCUCCUCAGCAGUCUAAGUAUGAGGGAUGGGAACAUGGCUUGUAACAGAUUAGCAUUGUGUCUUCAUUCAGGAAUUGAGGCUUUCAGUUCCUUUUGGGCUUUGUGAUAUUCUUGCCCAAGGAGUACCAUUUCUACAGGAAUACAACUGACUAGACUUCUAGCAGGGUUCUCUCUCUUUUUGAAAAACCCCAUGCACUUUAACCCACUGCAGGUCCUUGCUGAUUUUUUUCCCAGACAACCACAUGGCUGUUUGCUCACUGCCCACUUACAAUGAGUAUAUAAUAGGAGAUUGAAAACAUUCUCUCAGACUAUUCAAUCCUAGUCUAGCCCAGUUUAAGAGAACCCACAAUUUGCAGGGAUGGAGGCCUAGAAUGCCUCUCCCCCUGCCCAGACACUUCUUACAUAAACCAAAGCAGGAUGACAAGAAUGCACACCUAGCCAGAUAUAACCAGGUACAAAAUGUACAAAAACCUCCUCUUUGGAAUCGGCUCCCCUAAUUUGAUCCUCCCUCUUCUCUUGGACCUUCCCAACCUUUCACAACAUAUUGAAGGUUAGGAUUUCUAUAUCCAGCAAGAGCGGGAUUUAGUAAUUAACUUAGAUGGCUUGGAAAUUUCUUUCUGGAGCCGCAGGGGGAGGAAUCCUUAGGAGCUCGAAAAAUAACCAGAGUCACUGAGCUAUAUUAAAUUAAAUCUAUCUAGAUCUCCAUUUUCUAAUAGGAAGUACUUGGAGUUAUAUGGAAAGGUAUUUUCUUCAGUUGCUAUUUCUCUGCAUCUUGAAUCUAUUUGAUACAAUCAAAUGACAGUAUUGUUAACUCUCACAGCAUUAAGAUUUCUUAUUUUGUAGGCAUUCACUGUGAGAAGUACAACUGCUGCUUUGACAGGGAAGAUUCCAGUUUGCCAAAAGGCUUGCUUUUCUCCCUCCCACAAACUUCCACUUUCUCCUAGCCUGGCCCAGGGUGAAACAAGUGGCUCACUUCCAACCUUGGUUUUUAUAUGGAUUCAGCAUUUGGGUUUGGAAGUUUACAAGAAAGAACUAUAAAGGGCCAUAUUCCUAUAUUUCAAGUUGUCUGCCAAACUACACAAUUCAGAAGCCAGAAAAACUAAGAUUUAUUACUGAAAGAUGAACUUUUUCUAAUUGGAGACCAAAUUGGAGAAGGCAGAUCUGAACUUUCCUGUGAGUAUCACUUGAAGAGACUAUCAUCCACCACAUGAGGUUCCAUUUCUGAUUCUGAUAUGGCCUCUCUUGAAAAAAGUCAUAUAGGAACCCUCAAAAAUGACCACAAGCAAAAGCCCCCUGGUUGUAUAUAGCCACUGAUCCCCAAGGACUUGUAGUUGUUGAUUUCUGCUGCUGUGCCUUGGGGUCAGCCUAUAACUGCCACCCAUAUUCAGUGACCAGUCUGGUCUGGACCAGGUCUAGCAAACUUCUGCUUAUUUGCAUCAGUUUUCAUUCUGAGCCAGUAGGACUUUGGGUAAACUAUAAAGCCCAAGAAAUGGCACUUGUUUUAGCUAGUGACAUUUGAUUUUUAUUUCCAUCUUAAGUUUCUGGCAUUGUUGGCCAAGUCACAUUUUCUUUUUUUUGGUCACUGAGAAAAACAGCCAGACAAGGCAUUAGGAUGGAUGGUUAAGUUUGGGGUAGGGGGAGGAAUGCUCAUGUAGAGUAGAAAGAAUGUGGAAGUUACUGUUUGGUUAUAGUGAUCCAGUCCAUUGGAACUAUAGAGGCUCCUAUGGACAUGUCAAUGCUACCCUUUCAGCCUCUAAGACUCUCCCCCACCUUUGAAAUGACAAUACAAGUAGACCACAGUUUAAAGUAGUUAGUAUAAUUCUACUAAGGUUUAAUCAUUAUACUUGUUUACUUCCUGGUGCAUAUUUCCUAAAUAUGCUUGGGGGUCGGGGGUGGGAGGGGGGUAAGUUUUCACUGUUCCAUUGUGUGUCACCCUAUAUUUUUCUCCCUCUCGUGACUUUGGCAUCUUCUUUUAUUUAACUUUCCAUUUUCUUUUCCUUUGGCUUACUGCAGUAGUCUGCUGGUACAAAUAGAGCUUGGUGUACCUAUUCCCCUGUUACUGCUAAUUAUCUUCAGUAUUGCCAGAGGUUAUUUUGAUGUUCUAAGAAGAUAACUUCAUUUUUUACAAAAUCAUCUUUUCCAAGUUAAAAACAAAGUAAAAUCAUCCCUGUGCUAGGGUGCCCAUUUCAGCUUUUGACAUUGCCCUUAUACUUUAAUAGAUGGUCUUUUUGUCCGUGUUGGUAGUAACUAAUGACUAGUAAAUUUUCAUGUAAAUGAAGCAAGUUAAAUAUUUCAGAUUUUAUUAAUCUCUCAUAACCCUGCCAAAUCUGAUGACUUCAUUUUAGUUACUUCCCAAAAGAUACUUCCCCUCCCACCUUUUAUUUUUUUCUGUUCUAUUUUUAGAAUAACAUACUAGGUAAAGAAACUUUAACUGCAAGGAGUCAAUGAUUUUUUUGUGCUCCCUGACAAAUGAUGUUAUUGACAAAAGUAAGAAAUUCUUUCAUUGUUUUUUUUCCUGUGUUAAUAUCUCUUCUGUGCUCUUGACAGUGUGUUUAGUGGAUGGAUAAUAUGUAUUUCUCUUCCCCACUCCCAGAUUCAAAAUUCCCUGCCUUUUUGGCCCACCUCACCACAAAAGCUCCAUAGUUUAUUAAUGUAAGUUUGAAUGGAUGCUUCUUAGGGGAAACUGCAGGAGGUAAUGGAAGUGUUUCAGAAAAGAAUGAAAAAUGUCUCAGGAGUUGUUCUGUGAUGGAAAUUGGUCUGUUGUUCUGUUAAUGCUGAUGGAAAGAAACUUACAGUGCUUAAUAAAAGUUUAUUCUUUUAGUAAAAAAAUCUGUGAAAUAA